AUGCCUGCCGCACGCUGGACCUCAGACGUACAAACGGAGUGGCUUCAAGAGUGCCUUCCCCAAUAUCUCACAGAGCACGUGAAGGAGAAAGAUUAUUGGCCCACCUUGAUCGGGGACUGGUUUAAACAGUUCCCAGAGGAAGCGGUAGUAUUUCCCGACAUUGCUGCUGACGCCCUUUCGCCGGAGCAACAUAUUGAGGUGGGAGAAGCUGAAAACAGGCGCAAAAUACAACUCCGGACUUGGUUUCGUUGGCGUGCGAAUGUGUCCAAGAAAAACCGUAGCCUGAAAAAGGAGUCAACUGUCUUCGAUGACGUGCUGCAGCCAAAACGACGUGCUAAGUCCGAGGCUGAGUUGUACUCCGAUAUCUACUACGACGAGCGGAUCAAACCAUUGGUAAAGGCCGAAGAAGAGGCUGGGAAGGUGUCGUCGGGCAGACAAAUUGCGCUGGGGCGUAAAUUUUCUAAGGAGCUGUUGAAUGAUGAGGAUGAGGAGGUCAAGGUUCAUAUUCGUGACAUGUACAAGAAGCAGUGGAAAACUCACGAGAGGUCUGGCAAGAAGAAUUAUUUAGACAAGGACAGCGAGGAUGACUGUGUGCCAUUUGAUGCGGAGGGAAUUGCGCAGGGCAUAGACGACUUACCUAUUAUCUGGCGGUGA